CAGGAGCAGCAAACCAAUCAAGAAGCCCCCACGUCCACCACCGACGACGAAGACGACAGCGUCAUGGGCAACAGCUUGCGGUGCUGCCUGGCCUGCAUGGUCCCCUGCGGCGCCCUGGACGUGGUCCGCGUCGUGCACCUCAGCGGGCGCGUCGACGAGUUCAGCUGCCCGGUGGCCGCGGCAACCGUGCUCGCCGCGAACCCCGCCCACACGCUCACCACGGCGUGGUCCCCCUCCGGCGCGCCAGGGUGCGGCUCCCGGAAGCUCGCCAUCGUGUCGCCCGACUCCGACCUCAAGCGCGGCCGCAUCUACUUCCUCAUCCCGUCCGCGACCCUGCCCGCCGACCGGAGGAGCAAGAAGCAGAGCAGCAAGCGGCCGAGCCAGAGCCAGAGCCAGAGCCAGAGCCGCCUCCGCCACCACGCCAAGAAGCAGAGCGCCGGUGGCACGGCGGAGCAGGACAACUACCUGAGGGAGCUGCUCUCCGAAAAGGCCGCGUCGGGCGGCGGUCACCGGAGGCGGCGCAGCGGCGCCCGCGUCGGCGUGUGGAGGCCGCGGCUCGAGAGCAUCGUCGAGGAGGCCUCCGACUAGAUCGACGGCGGCUCCAAGAGCUCUCGGUCUUAUAUUCUUUUGGUUUUCCUUCUGAUCUGCCGAUGCGAACACCACGACGAUCGGUCGAGGACCGAGUCUCCGGCAGGCUCUCGCCUCACGAUCCCCCCUCGACACUGUGUUGCGUUGUGUCCAGGGAUGAGCGGUCUUAGCUCGGGAGAUGAGGGGGAAAACUGUGACAAAAAUAACUGCUUAUAGCAGCACCAACCUGUACAGGAAGAUUUUGUUCAGUUCAUCCAAAAUUUCAAACACAUUUCUCGGUUGUCCACUUU